AACAUGCUGGAGCUGCUGACGUUCCUCCUGGAGAAGAUCUCCUCUUUCGUCACUCUCAGCCUCUUCAGCUUCCUGUCCUCAGGCCAGAGCAGAUGCCCCCCUCGCUGUUAUGAGAGCUCGAGCUUCCAGAGGGGGGACCUCCUGGAGGUGCCCCGCACCCUCUUCACCCACUUCGGCAUCUACCUGGGGGACAACAAGGUGGCCCACCUGAUGCCCGACAUCAUGCCCGUGGUGACCAGCGACAGGAGCCUCAUCGACAGCAUGGUGACCAACCGCAGGCUGCUCCUGGGCGUCCUCUGCAAGCGCGCGUCCGUGCGCGUGGACACCGUCGAGGACUUCGCCUACGGCUCGCCCGUGCUGCGCGGCGGCGCGGAGCGCGCGCGCAAGAGCCGCGCGCUGGAGCGCGAGGAGGCGGCGCAGCGCGCCGAGGAGCUCGUGGGCAACGUCCCGUACAGCCUGCUGUGGUACAACUGCGAGCACUUCGCCACCUACUGCAGAUACGGCGCGGCGUCGAGCUUCCAGACGGACAGGUUCUGUGAAUGCCUGAAGUCGGUCAUCAGAGACCAGAGGAGCCUCCUCUUCUCUCUUCUCCUGGGAAUGAUGUUUACCAUCUACCAUGGAUUGACACCCACAGCUACACUGCCUGCUGUGAUCAUCCCAUUUAUUCUCUGGAUGGUAGAAUAA